AUCACCUAUCUUCUUCCUACUCUAUAUUAUCCUGUUCCAUUUUCUUUCAUUUCCCAAGAGAAGAAAGAAAGAAAAUGUCAGAAUUUUCUUUCUCAUCACCAAACACUACCAACUCCAAGAAAACUCACUACUACUUGUCUAGUCUUCUUCUCUCUGACUUGUUCCUCCUCUGUUCUUUCAUUGUUUCUCACCCUCUCUACUUCUCUUACUUCAUUUUCUUCUCACCAUACAUUAUCAAGAUCCUUUCUUUCCUUUCUCCUCUCUUCAUCACCACCUCUCUUUUGCUUCUUGCUCUCUUCACCACUCUUCUCCACGACAAUUCUUCACUUGAAUUCUCGUUUCAAAAUGUCUUAGACAAUUUGCGCUCUAAUGCAGACGAUGAAAACCAAGAAUUUCGAGGCUUUGAGGAGCUUGAAGCCUAUAAAAUUGUGUUUGAUACGUCUAUUCUUGAGAUCAGAGAAAGUUGUGUUCAAGAUUCUGAAGAAAAUUGCUUACCAAACUUCGAAGAAGCACCUGUGGACAAGCAUUCAAUUCAUGAAACUUGUGGUACAAAUGUAUCACAAGGUCUAACAAGUAAUGUUAACGAAAGCUUAGCUGAGAUUAUGCGGGCUGAAACUACUGAGCUGAUUGCGGAAGGUAAAAGUUUAGGAGGGUUCUUGAAGGAGGACCAUGAGUUUGUCGAUGUAACGUGCGAAAAGGAAGAAAAAGAAGUCAAGGCCAAGCCACUAAGCGUAGAGUUCAAUAAAGGUGAUCAUCAUCAAGAACAAAAAGAAGCAGCACUAAUGAACGGUGGAUCCAAGGCACUAGACAGUAAAAUAAGUGAUGAAGGCAAAGUGACUGAUGACAAUGGAGUGGUGGAGUAUUUGUCAAAAGUAAAAGCGAAUUCUCAGAGACUUGGGAGAAAUCAUAAUGAUGGAGGAGAGUACCACACUUCAAAAGUUAUGGAUAUUAAUUAUUCUCAACCAUUAAUGGGUGGGUCAAAUCUUGGUAGUUUUGGAUCAAUGAGAAAAGAAAAAGAAUGGAGAAGGACAUUGGCAUGCAAGCUUUUCGAGGAGAGACACAAUGUAGAUGGAAGUGAAGGGAUGGAUUCGCUCUGGGAGACUUAUGAGACAGACUCAAAUAAGCUUCAAACUAGAAACAAAUCAAAGAAGGGCAAGAAAGGUGGCAGUAAGCACUAUGGGGAUAAUGAUGAUGAAGAAGAAGAGGAUGAGAUUGAUGAUGGCCAAUUGUGCUGCUUACAAGCUCUCAAGUUCUCAGCUGGGAAGAUGAAUUUGGGAAUGGGAAGGCCUAAUCUUGUCAAGUUUUCCAAGGCACUCAAAGGAAUUGGAUGGUUGCACAAUGUGACAAAGCAUGGCAAGAAGAUCUACCAUUGAAUUGAAUUUCGGUGGUUGCACUUUCACCCUCUUGUUUUAUGUUUAAUUAAUGGGCAUAACAUAAAUGUGUAUUUCUUUGAGGAUCUUAAGUAAAUAUGGUCUUUUUUUUUUU